AUGCAUCUGAAGCCAACAAUUGAAAAUCCAUUUGCGUGGGACUUCCCCAUAAAUGGAUCGUUUCCAGAAGCUCCUUGCGACGAGCUGGGCAUUGUGUCAGCUCUUUUUCGGAUCAACCAUCUUUGCUGUAGCAUGGUUGGUGGUAUGACUACUGUGACUCUGAUGUCAUGUGUUAUUAACUGUACGAAUGGGGUUUUGAAGCCGUUUAGAAAGAUGUUGUUUAUGUGUGCUAUCACUGAGUUGUCGUUUUGGAUUGUGGAUUCAUUGACUCAGAUUGUAAGGUUUUUUGGUGGGCAUGCGUAUGGAAGGAGGGGGAGAACAAGAAAUUUUAAAAAAUUUUGGUUAUGGCAAAUUUUGUUUAAAAAGAUAGGUAAAGAUUAAGAAAAAUUUUUUUGAGGGAAAGGUAAAAAAUGGAUUUUAAAAGAAGGGGUGCUUUUAAAUUUUUUUUAAAGGAACAGGGUCAAAAACAUUUCUUAGUACUAUUAAAUGCUAUUUUCUUCAAGCAUAGUCAUAGUACGUUACUUCUUUUACAGAAAGGAAAACAGUACGAAGACAUAGUACUGAUUAAAGUUGAAGGACCAUUGCACUACUUGAGAAGACCAUUUCACGUUAUUGGAACAGCGUUAUACGUCUUCACGGCUUGUUUAUCCAUGACCGUCUUACCAGCUAUGGCUUAUUUUAGAUACUAUGCGUUGACACGGUAAGUUUAAUACUUAAAACUAAGUUUUUUUUAAAAUUUAAAAAACAAAAAUUUUUUUUUUACCAUUUGUCAGGUGAAAGUUCUAUUUUUUAUAUUAUAAUAUCAGUCAAAUUUUGUACUAAAAUCAAUUUUUAGUCCUGCACCUUUGAGCACAGAAAGAACGAUAUUAUUGUUUCUGACGUCAGUUGUGUUUGCAUUGCCUGCUGGUAUAUCAGCAUACUUGAGUUAUGAUCGGUCGGCUGAAGUUGAGCCUGGAUUCAAUUUUGGGACUCUUUGGUACAGAGAGUUCCCGUUACCACCAAUUUUAAUUGGUCAUACGGUAUGUUUUAUUUUAUAUAUUUUAUACAUCUAUAGACUAAGUUGCUAGGCUUGAGUUUUCUAAGCUAA